CUGGGCAACAUUAAGGUUGGACCGAGAGGGACAUUGCGUGAGGAGACAAAGAAAUGAAGACAAAUUUACUUCAUAAGCCAUUUUCGAAAAAGCUUUGCUAAACAGCUUUUAAGAUACAACUACGACAUGUGAUGUAACGGGCUAAUCAAAUUAAAUGUUUGUUUCACUGCAAGUAUUCUAUAAUUUGUUUUGACGUUUUGUUGGUUGGGCACAUAUAUUGACAAUUAGUAGUUGAGGUUGUAGACUGACUGCGCAGAGUGAGUCAUUGAUCGGUGAAAUGAAAAGGGUUGCCUUUUCUUUAGCUACAGCUUGUUUUCUUCUUCUUCUUUGUGGUCUGUGUGGGAUAGUUAAUGGGGUUGAUUUGAAGUACGAUACUGCGUCUGGAAUUGUGCCAGACAAAUUGAAUGUUCAUUUGGUUUCACAUUCACAUGAUGAUGUUGGGUGGCUGAAGACUGUUGAUCAGUACUAUGUUGGAUCAAACAAUAGUAUUCAGGGUGCUUGCGUUAAGAAUGUGCUGGACUCAGUUGUGGAAUCAUUGCAGCGUGAUCCCAAUAGGAAGUUUGUCUUUGCUGAGAUGGCUUUUUUCAAUCGAUGGUGGCUAGAACAAAGUGCAGAAACACAAGAAAAAGUGAGAAAACUUGUAGCUGCUGGCCAGUUCGAAUUUAUUAAUGGUGGUUGGUGUAUGCAUGAUGAAGCAACAGCCCAUUACAUAGACAUGAUUGAUCAGACAACUCUUGGUCAUCGCUUUAUAAAGAGGUACUUCAACAAGGUUCCUCGUGCUGGCUGGCAAAUUGAUCCUUUUGGGCACUCUGCUGUCCAAGCUUACCUAUUUGUGGCUGAGCUAGGAUUUGAUUCUGUUCAUUUUGCAAGAAUCGACUAUCAGGAUAGAGCAAAGCGCAAAGCAGAUAAAACUCUAGAAGUUAUAUGGCGUGGGUCUAAAACCUUUGGUUCUUCAUCUCAGAUUUUCUCCAAUACCUUUCCAGUUCAUUAUAGCGCCCCUGAUGGUUUUGGCUUUGAUCUAACUGAUGAUAUCAUUCCCAUCCAGGAUGAUCCUCUUAUAUAUGACUACAAUGUCAAACAACGGGUUAAUGAUUUUAUUGAGACUGCAAUGACCCAGGCAAAAGUGACGCGGACAAACCAUAUUAUGUGGACAAUGGGUGAUGAUUUCCGGUACCAAUAUGCUGAAUCCUAUUUUAAGCAAAUGGACAAAUUAAUUCACUAUGUUAACAAGGAUGGUCGAGUGAAUGCCUUAUAUUCUACACCAUCUAUCUAUACUGAUGUGAAAAAUGCUGCAAAUGAAUCAUGGCCACUUAAAACUGAUGACUAUUUCCCUUAUGCAGACAGUACAAAUGCAUAUUGGACUGGUUUUUUCACUAGUCGCCCUGCCUUCAAGCGAUAUGUACGGAUUCUUAGUGGAUAUUAUUUGGCAGCUAGGCAACUUGAGUUCCUGGUGGGAAGAAGAUCCAGUGGUCCCAAUACUUUUAGUCUAGGAGAUGCUCUUGGUAUUGCACAGCACCAUGAUGCCAUCACUGGUACUGCCAAGCAGCAUACAACAAAUGACUGGGCAAAGCGCCUGGCUGUAGGAGCCUCUGAGGCUGAAGGUGUUGUCAGUUCUGCUCUUUCAUGUCUAGUUAAUAAUGUAUCCAGAGAUCACUGUGAGGCUCCUGCUUUGGCUUUUAGUCAGUGCCAACUAAUCAAUAUCAGUUACUGCCCUCCUACAGAAGAUGCUAUUCCUGGAGGGAAGAGUUUGGUAGUUGUUGCCUAUAACCCACUCACAUGGAAGCGUACUGACAUUAUUAGAAUACCGGUAGAUGUUCAUGAGGUUUUGCAUGCUUCAUUGCACAUGGCAUUUGACGCACCCGUUAUAAGUGAUGACAUUUAUCAGGUUAAUAAUGCUGAUCUUGUUGUCCGAGACUCAUCUGGAAAUAUUGUUGACACACAAUAUGUUGGCCUGGAUAACGUUACAAUAAAUUUAAGGAACUUCUAUACAAAGGCCUACUUAGGAUACUCACCAAAUCAAGCUCCCCAGUAUUGGUUACUUUUUCAAGCAUCUGUUCCACCACUAGGUUGGAACACUUACUUCAUUUCUAAAGCGGCUGGGAAAGAUCACAACGAUACAGGAGACCACAGGAUUGGAGUUGUCUCAGUGACAGACAGUCCACAGAGUGAUUCAGUUGAAAUUGGAAGUGGAAAUUUAAAAAUGGUCUUUUCUUUAACCUCUGGCCAACUCAAGCGGAUGUAUAAUACUAGAACAGGAGUUGAUGUCCCAAUACAGCAGAGCUAUCUCUGGUAUGGUUCAAGCCCAGGUGACUCUGAUCGCCAGGCUUCUGGUGCAUAUAUUUUCCGACCAAAUGGGGGCCCUCCAAAUAUUGUUUCCCGAUCAGUCCCUCUGAAGGUCAUUCGUGGACCACUGGUUGAUGAGGUUCACCAACAGUUUAAUUCUUGGAUUUACCAGGUCACCAGACUUUACAAAAACAAAGAACAUGCUGAAGUUGAAUUCACAAUUGGUCCAAUUCCCACUGAUGAUGGCAUUGGAAAGGAGGUCAUUACUCGAAUGACAGCAAAUAUGGCUACAAACAAGGUGUUUUAUACUGAUUCCAAUGGAAGAGACUUUCUAAAGCGGAUUCGAGAUUACAGAGAAGAUUGGCCCCUUACGGUUACUCAACCUGUUGCAGGGAAUUAUUAUCCACUUAACCUUGGAAUUUAUACUACGGAUGGGAAAUCUGAAUUCUCAGUCUUGGUUGAUCGUGCCACUGGAGGAGCCAGUAUUGAGGAUGGAGAAGUAGAAUUAAUGCUUCACAGGCGGAUACUUCAUGAUGAUGCCAGAGGAGUGGGUGAUCCCCUUGAUGAGACUGUCUGUGUUGGAACUACGUGUGAAGGACUUACGAUUCGAGGAAACUACUAUAUUAGCAUCAACCGGGCAGGGGAAGGUGUACAAUGGCGUCGCACAACUGGUCAAGAAGUUUACUCACCUCUACUCUUAGCUUUUACAUACGAGAAAAUGGAGAACUGGGUUGCAUCUCAUUUGACAAAAGCAACUGCCAUGGAUCCAAGCUAUAGUUUGCCUCCCAACGUUGCUUUAAUUACUCUCCAGGAACUGGAAGAGGGAAGUGUGCUCCUUCGUCUGGCACAUCUUUAUGAAGAGGGUGAAGAUCCCCAUUAUUCAACCCUGGCCAAUGUUGAACUCAAGAAGAUGUUCAAUGGAAGAUCGAUAAAGGCGCUGCAAGAAGUGAGCUUAACCACAAACCAAGUCAAGUCAGAGAUGAAGAAGAUGACAUGGAAAGUAGAUGGCAGCAAUGGGACGGAGGCCUCCCCCAUCAGAGGUGGCCCUGUCAACAACUCAAACCUCAUCGUCGAGCUUGGUCCCAUGGAGAUCCGCACUUUUUUGUUGAAAUUUUAGCAAAUUGUGUGCUUAAAUACAUGAACAUCUUAUGAUAAUAACCAAUAAAAUAUUUUUUUUCGA